AACUGAGAUACAACUGAAGAUGCUUGCUCUGGAAAUACCCAAUUUUAUUGGCCCCUGUUGAGAGAAAAAUCCAAUUAUGUCGCCACCUCGCAGCGGCUUCAAUCGAGGAUUUGGGCGCAGCGGCGGAAGUGUGCAUACGGGUCGCGUAGAUAGAAGACACAGACAGUCCCAUGGCAAAGGGAGUCCACGGCGCAGGAACGGAGGAGCUAAUCGCAGUGGUGCUGGUGGAAUGAAUGAUGAUUUCAAUGAUCUUCCCAGCGCCAGGUGGUCGGAUAUGCGCCUAACAGCUUUUGAGAAGAACUUUUAUCGUGAACAUCCCACAACCCAGAGCCGGCCAUCGCACGAGGUCGAGCUGUUUCGGAGACAGCACCAAAUCGCCAUUCGUGGACAGGCUCCGAAUCCCAUACAGUUCUUUGAGGAAGUGUGCUUCCCCGACUACUGCAUGGACGAGAUCCGGCGCCAGAGGUACUCCGAGCCCACGCCGAUCCAGGCACAGGCCUGGCCCAUAGCUCUAUCAGGGCACAAUCUGGUCGGCAUAGCCAAGACGGGAUCUGGCAAGACGCUCGCCUUCAUUCUGCCUGCCAUCCUGCAUAUCAAUGGACAGCAGCCGUUGCAGCGCGGCGAGGGACCCAUAGCCCUGGUGCUCGCUCCCACCCGGGAACUGGCCCAGCAGAUACAGUCGGUGGCCAAUGACUUUGGCUCCAGCGCCUUUGUGCGCAACACCUGUGUCUUUGGAGGAGCACCGCGGUCCAAGCAGGCCAGCGACCUGAAGCGUGGAGUCGAGAUUAUCAUCGCAACACCGGGCCGAUUGCUUGACUUUCUGCAGUCUGGAGCCACAAAUCUCCGCCGAUGCACAUAUCUUGUACUGGACGAAGCCGACCGCAUGUUGGACAUGGGCUUUGAGCCGCAGAUCCGUAAGGUACUCGGCCAGAUCCGACCGGACCGUCAGAUACUCAUGUGGAGCGCCACUUGGCCUAAAGAGGUGCGUCAACUGGCCGAAGACUUUCUCGGCAGCUACAUUCAGAUCAACAUCGGGUCCUUGGAGUUGUCGGCCAAUCACAACAUACGGCAGUACGUGGAGGUGUGCGGAGAGCACGAGAAGAGUGCUAAGCUCAAGGACCUGCUGUCGCACAUCUACGAUCAGGCGCACGCACCGGGCAAGAUAAUUAUAUUCGUGGCCACAAAGAAGAAAACGGACGAACUGGCCAGAUUCAUAAACGCAUUUGGGGUUAGUGUUGGAUCGAUACACGGCGACAAGUCCCAGAUGGACCGCGAUAGUGUACUGAACGACUUCCGAAGCGGACGGGCGAAUAUCCUGGUGGCCACAGACGUAGCUGCGCGCGGCCUGGACGUGGACGGCAUUAAGUAUGUCAUUAAUUUCGACUAUCCGCAGUCGUCGGAGGACUACAUACACCGGAUCGGGCGGACGGGCAGAAAGCUCUCAAAGGGCACGUCCUAUGCAUUUUUCACGCGCAAAAACGCCAGGUGCGCACGUGCUCUGAUUGAUAUACUUCGCGAAGCGAACCAGAAUGUUAAUCCCGAAUUGGAGAAUCUGGCACGCGGCGGUGCUGGAGGUGCAGGAGGCGCUGGAGGAGGUCUCGAACCGCGAUCCCGCGUAGGCCGAGGCUCUGCCAGGAACCAUGGAUCGGGAAGGUAUACUCGCAAUGCAAAUAAGAAUACGAAUUCAAGUCGGGCCCGGGCAGAUCCUCGCUAGAUCCUCGCUAGUGUUUCUUGAGCCAAAUAAAAUGAAACUUUUUAAAAGCUUUCAAUGAAAACUA